CGUCAUCCUUAAGAUGGCGUCGAAAAUAAAAUAGUUAUGCUUUGUUUACUAAUGAAUUUAUAUUUACAAGGCUACAUGCAAAUGUAACUGCCUUUAAUGAUUCACAAUGAAAGUAAUGACAUCAUAUGCGGUUCUGAAAACAAGAACAUGAUGUGUUAUCAUUAGACUUGACCUAGUCUAGAAUCUAGAUUAGGUUUUACAAACCACUCGCUGUUCUCUGAGUGGUUGCUAUGAUGGCCGUCGUCCUUAGAAUAGUCAGUAUUCUGAUGUGUGUUGUUUACCUAUUAGACAGAGCCUUUUCAAUAGAUGAUCAAAACUGCCCCCCUGUAGCUCCUAUAGAAAAUGGAUACAUGGACAUUGACUUCUUAAUGCCCCCCUAUUUUCAACGCUCUAACUACAAAUGCAAUGUUGGGUACCGCCUGGUGGGCAACAACACAGCCAUCUGUCUGAAUGGAAACUGGACACCCUCUGAGCCACCAAGCUGCGUCCCGGAGGCGGAAUGUUCUAGCAACCCCUUGGUUCCUAAUGCAGUAGUGGAUUACAUUGGGAAAGAUUUCACAAAAUCGAGAGCUCGAGUGGUGUGUGAAUCAGGUUUUGCUGUGGAGAAUACGUUCCAGACUAGCUAUGAAAUUGUUUGUGACGCUGGCGGCCACUGGACAGCAGUGGACGGUAGAGCCAACCUUCCUUCAUGUGUUAAUAACCACUGCCCCAGCCCACCUGACAUCCCAGGGGCCCAGCAUAGGUUCACUGAGUACGCCCAGAUCAUGCUGGAGGGGACGGUGGUCGAGUACAAGUGCUCCAGGGGUUUUAUCCCUGUUGUCCCCUACAACGCCCACCUGAUUUGUCACAGGGGUCAGUGGGUUGGUCAAGUACCAAGCUGCGAGGCUGUAGAGAGCAGCAGGUACUGUCAAGACAUUGACCAGAUCAAAAAUGGCUUUUGUAAAUGUAUCGGAGAGGACACAGCGGACCUGUCGCUAUGCAAGCCCUUCCGGCCAGGUAUAAAAAUAGAGUGCACCUGUCUACAGGGCUACAAGCUGCAGGGGGUCGACGUCCUGACGUGUUCGCAGAAUAUCCAGACCAACACAGGGGAGUGGGACUGGAAGCAGCCCAUCUGUUACUCUGGCAAUGAAAUUGAUCUGAUCCCUGAUGGGCAAAAUGAUGGCAAGUCUUACAGCUCAGGGGACAUAAGUGAUAGCAAGAAUAAGGGGUCAUCGCUGGUGAUUGUGAUCACCACAGCCUGCAGUGUGUUGGGGGUGUUGUUGUUGAUCAUGGUCAUUGUGGUGAUGAGGAGGAAAAAGUCCCGGCCUCACCUGUUCCAACAGGGCCCAGUCCCUCCACCUUAUGCACGGGUCCAGAGUAAUUACCUGGAUGAGCAUGACAGAAUGGCUUUAAUGGCCUAUGCUGAUGCGUCAGGCAUCCACCUGCCCUCCUACGAAGAAGCUGUACGGCCUGGGGGUGGGAACACACCCGUGGGAGCUGGCCUCCCAGGUGUUGGUCACAGCACCAGCCCCACCACAUCUGAGUACCGCAGGCUGCCCAGCGUCCACAACGGCAUGCGGGCUGGUGGCAUGCACCAACAGAACUUUGGGGGUGAUGGUAACAACAACAUCAACAACAACAACAAUAACAACAGCAACCGGCACUCGACCGUGACUACCAGCACCAUGAACAGAGAUGGGGUGUCCGAGAUCUUUGGCUCUAGGGACACCGUCAACGUCAGCAUGAGCGACGCCUCCACGUCCGUCACCGUGGAAACUUUUGAUUCCGGGACGUCGAACAGGUCUAUUUCAUCUCAGAGGGCUACUGCUGGCAGUCUGAAUUCUUCUGAUGAUCAGCUGGCUAAUGUUAAUGAUGAUGCACCGCUGUUAGAUUCUAGCUCUCAAAGGGAGGUGGAUGUGGUCAGCAUGAGUUCAAAUCCUAGCCACACCAGUAAAGAGGACCAGUAAGUCUGAAUGUAUUUGACCAUACAAGAGACAACUCAGGACACCUGGAUACACCUGGCCUAGAACUGGACAGUUUUUAACACUUGGCUGUGCUAGAUGGGGUUCAACAUUUUUUAUAUACAUGUAUGUUAGGAUCUACAUACAUGUAACAGCAGAUAAGAUACAGUUCAACUAAUAUUAUUGGGAUUUGAGUGACAAUUUUUGUGAUACAUCUUUUAUAUAAGAUUCUCAAAAUAAUAUUUUAUCGGAAUUACAGAAAAUUAUUUAUGAAUCAAAAAAUGAUUUUUUUUUAAAUGCUCGGUGAAUGAAAACACAUUUAAUAUGACUUAUAAUAAAUAGUAUACCAUUUAGUGAGUGAGUGUAAAGAAUUAUUUAUUGAGUAAGCUCUGUGAGAUGUGAACAAUGUUACAUCAAGUCUAGCCAAAAUAUCUUUUUUUUUUACUUACUACAGCUUUAAACCAGGCAAAUAAUUGAAUAAUCUUUGUUGUUUUGAUUAAGUUUUAUGUGCUCCCUUACCUAUGCUCAUCAUGAUACUAAGGCCCAGGGGUUUUUGUUGGUAUAAGUUUAUGUACUGACAUUGCUAGGCUUUGAAGUUGUAACCUUAAUUUUAUAUAUGUCAGCAUAAUUUAUUUGCAGCAAAUUUUUAAAAUAGGGCAUUUACAGUUUUGAUGCUUUAAGUCAACAUUUUUUUUUGUAGUGAAAUAGAAUCUCAUAAUCAAUUGCAAAUCAAAAAAUUAUCCAUUCCAUUUUUUAAAAACUUUUUUGCAAGAUCUGUGGGUUUGUAGUCAAAUCCUGGAACUCAAUGCUCACCCAUUUCUAAUAGCGCUAUUGUUUUGAUAUUUCAAAUCUACCUGUGUUUCUGAUGACAAUUAUCAAAUAUCUUAUGUUUGAUUUCAUUUCAUAAAUAAGUCAUGAGAACUUGUCCCAUUAGGUAAGCUUGAAUCCACUCAUUUUCUAUAUAUAUUCUUAGAACUAAGAUGAAUGUUAAGUUGCACAUAAUACUGGUUUAAAUUUAAAUCCAAUCCACAUAAACUACUAAAUGUGGUUAAAGCAAAAAAUUUAGUCAGGCGGAUGUGAACUUGAUAGGGAACCAUUCAAAUUCUUUGUAUAACUUUUUUUUUUCCUGAAAUAGAGCUAUGAGAAUCUGAUUUAUUGAAAAUGUAUUUGUUAUAUCAAACUUGUUAUUUCAAACCUGUUACAGCACAAAAACAUUCUUCUGAUGGCCCCAUAUUAGAGUCUGGUAGUCAGGUAAUUAAAAUCUUAGCUUCACCAUUGUUAGAGGACUUGUGUGUUUGAAACCCCAUGAAUCAGUACACAAGAGCUAUAGAGACACAAACUAGAUGCUACUAGCUAAACUUGGUUUUUUAAAAUGUAUGUCAGUGUUAUCUGGCCUUAAUCCUGUUAUCAUUACAUGGCAUCACGCCUAAGCUGCACACCUUUGUUAGACUUAUAUGGGAUUUUUUUUUAUAUCACAUAAAGCAUUGAGGCUCAAAAUAAAAGAUUAUUGUACGUCUAUGUCAUAGAGGCUAAAGUGAAAAGAUAUUUGUAUUUCUAGGGAGGCUAAAGUAAAAAUAUUUCUGUACAUCAGUUGAGGCUAAAAUUAAAAGAUGUGUGAACGUCUCUUGAGGCUAAAUCUAAAAUAUUUGUAUUCAUCUACAUCACAGACAGGCUAUUCUAUAUUGUGUCACCUACCUACUUUGUGUGUUAUUGUCUGUCUCUUGGUCUCUCUCUCCAGGUCUUCCUUGAUUACUGUCAUUGCCUUGUCAUUUGAGAGCAUGGGUGACAUAGGUAAAGAGUGGCCAGUCAAUUCCUACCAAGCUGGUGAGGGGGGGGGGGGGGUAUGUCAGCCAGUAAAGUUGAUCAAUACCUCAAUUAUGGUUAUGUCAAUACUUCCGUUGCUUGCUCUAUUUAUAUUUACCUGUUUGAGUAUUUGUGUCAGUGUUUUGAUAUUUUGAAGUUUUGAUUUUGUGCAACAUUUAAAAAUUUCUUAUGUUGGUAUUAGGACUGGUGUUAAUUAGGUCAAGACAAUCAACAAAGUUUAUUAUUAACUGGAAAUUUAGGCAGUUGUUAAUAAAUUAAUGUAAACUUUGAAUAGUUUAAAAAAGAUGUCCUAGAAUUAAUUCGGGUAGUGGCAAACUCUUUUCAGCAGUUUAAAAAGUUUUGGGUGGAAUUCUUUUCAAAUCUCUCCACAGUGUGUGUGUAAUUUAGCUUGUUUAGAGGUGUUCCUGCUGUAAAUCCUGGUAAACUCAGCUGUGAAGAUAUAGCAUUAAUCUAAUUUAUUUGGAAUAGAGGAAUACUUUCCUUUACGUGUUGGCUAUAGGAGGAUGAAUAAGGACUAAAAAGCAUCAAUGAAUCUCGCACUUUUUAAGUAAAAAUAUUGACUUUUUUUUUAACGUUAAUCUAAAUAAGAUCACGAUAUUAACAAGUGUAUGCAUGUUCAAUUUGAUAUGCUACAGGUGUGUGGAUGUUAAAACUUUAAUAGCACAUCUCUCAGGCUAAAAAACCAGGGGGAUCCAAGUUUUAAGCACAUCUUAAUGAUCAACGACAAGUGAGGAAUUAUUGUUUUUUGUAGAAUUAAUUUUAGCAGGAUGGUUUUUAAAAUCAAUUUUUUUUCAACUAUUUUUGUGUGAAUUCAGUGUAGAAAUGUAUUUUUUAUUUCUACAGCCGUAACCUUUUACAAUACUCCUUGUUGUCCACAUUUUGCAUGUUCAAACAAAAUGCUUUGAAAUAUUGAUACAAUGAAUUUUUAUUCAAGCUUUAAAUUGAAUUUGAAUACAAGUAGCGGGGGGGGGGGAUGAGUGGGUUUUUUUUUUGUAAUUAUUGUCUGCAAUUUAUUUUUAAAUUCUUUUUAAAGUAUGCUAUUCAAUUGUAAUAUCAAAAAAUUAAAAAAUGUUAAAAGUGUUUCUUGAUGAACUUUAUAUUUCAUCGACAAUCUUGACUAUUAAAGUGUUUUAAACCACUGUAUUGAAUAUUUAAUGAAAUUAUUACAUAAAGCAAUUUAACACAUGACUUCACUCGUGAUUUUAACAGAGAAAACUAUUUGCAUAAUAUUUGAAGUGUCAAACCUUCUUCGCAUUGUUUAUUUGUGUCAUUUUAGUUCAGAUGAAGUUGUGUGAGAUACUUGCGUCAACAUAAAAUCUGUUGCUGUUAAGUAAUUGUCACAGGAUGAAAAAAAUAAACUAUUUUUGAUUUGCUAAAAAUUCUCUGGUGACAAUAAAAUGUCAUUGUUGGAAGCCAUAUUGGAUCUGAUGUUUUGAUAAGCUCGGCGGCCAUCUUGUUCCUUUUGUCAGCUCCACUUGUGUUGAUAUUAUUUAUGUACAUACUUGACUGACAUUUAUAGAUUACUUUUUGCUGUUUUUUGUGUUGAUAGACUUGUGUAACCUUAAGGUAUGGUUGGAAUUGUCUUUGACCAUCCCACUCUGACAAUAUCAAGCCCAAAAUGUAAAGCUCUGAGGUAAAGGAAAAAGUGUGGUUUUUCUAAUCAUUUAUUCAUUUAUAAACAAGCUUGUGGUCAAAUAUGAGUCAAAUAAAUCAAAAUGUCUUUUAAAAUAAACCAAUUUUUUAAUCACAAAAUUUUUAGUCAGAAAUAAGAAUGUAUAUUAUUUUUAUGAUAAAUGUAGUCACUGCUCAGAGGCUGCCUAGCCUAUUCAAAAGGUGAUAGGACCAACUAGAAAGCUCUAAAGGAACCAGAAUUGUAAAAAUCUUCAAAUGUUAAUGAGAGUUGAUUUAUCUUCUACUUCUUUCUUGAGCAACAAUUUACUUUAGGUUGUACCCAAAACAUUUUCAGUAACUUGUAUAAUCUGUAGGUUGAUUGUGUACAUAGUUGUAAAGUGUAAUGGACUAGAUUGAUGUGUGUUGUGUUGUUGGUGAUUUUAAAGGGGCGGCACUGGCUCAUCUAUAAAGUUGGUUAUACAAGAGUUGCCUCUCUUCGUGAGAUUUUUUGUUUUAAAUUCCAAUAGAGCUCUCUCUUUAUUUAUAACAUUAGGAAGCUAUUUUUUUUUUGUUUUAAAUUUAAUUUUUUUUUUUUAAAUCUUUUUAUGUUCCUUUGUUAAAAACAAAAGUUAAAACCAAAAGUGGAAAUUAGGAAGCUGUUUUUAUUAUAAGUAAUUUUUAUAGAUUUCAUUCGAUAUUUUUUUUUUCUAUAUUUGUAUUUGACAACUCCCUAAAAUAUUUGACUAUGACAAGUUAAAUGUUAAAGAAAGUGAAUGUAUAUUUUGUAGGUGAGGUUAACUAUCUUUUUAAAAAGAACAAUUUUUUUUUUAUUAAUCUGUGCUAAAAAGGCUGUGGACUCAACAUUGUUUUUAAAAAAAAAUUCUGUGUUUAAAUCAUCAAAAUGUCAUUCCAAUGUCAUUUUUAGUUAGCAAAAAAAAUCGUUUUCUUUUAUUAAAACGUGUCAUUAAAUUUUGAAAUUAUUUAUUUUUUAAAAAGAAAAUGAUGAUUCAGUGUAGAAGCAAUUUCAAUUGUUGCUUGAUAACAAUGUCCAUGUUCAAUAAAAAGGUAAAAAUA